CUAAUUAACGAUAAAUACGAGCGAUACGAACGAUGUUUACGAAACGAACAAAUUAGUUGGAGUCGUAACGAAUAACGAUUUGAUUAAUUAUUUCGAGGGCUAUGAGAUAAACGAAGUAGGCCACACGCUCGGUAGUCCUAACGUACGUACGAAGGUAUCAACGUAGAGCGAAGCGUCACAGUCUUACCGAUUGUUAUGACUAGGUUAUGUGCGAGUGCUAGUUACGCCGAACUUCGAAACGUUUUACGAUACAAUAAAGAAAAGGUAAGGCGACUAAUACUUAAUCUUAAUGAGAUGGAAUGGAAGUACCAUGGGCACCUGCCUCCUUCGAUAUCCACGACGAGAUGUCGAAACACAGCGGCGUCGCAGCGAAUUCCAGUCGAUGUCGAGUCGAGGUUUUUGGUGACUCUCCAGCUGUUCUGGGAGGGCUCACAACUGCCCACGACAGUUGGAAUUCAUAGAAUUCGUUCUCCCACUCGAAACUGGCUCCAAUUCUCGAUCACGGGAAUAGCAAGAUCAGCGACAAAAAAAAAACUGCGGAUCGACUGCAGCUUCUCCGAUGUUAGCGGGAUGGUCUAGUGCCCUUAACCCAAAAUCCGACAAAGUCGUAGUGCUCGAAUGCACUAUAUCUUUUACAGCUCACAAAUGCGCUCCAAGCGAUAGCACCUUUUAGGGGACCCAACAGAUCCGACGAAUGCGAUUCCAAACGUAACGCCAAAGAAAAGGUUGCUAAAACGAACUGCAAAAGAGGAAAGCACUAACCCCCAACACCAUUCAACACGAAGUACCAAAGCAAAAUGGAUUCCCUUCCACCUGCGAUGACGUGGCAAGGUAACGAAGCGAGAAUUAACGGAAGUUUGGCCCUCUAGUGGCAAACUUACGAAACGUCGAAUUCCGACGAAAAUCCCUAAUCGAUGUAACUAAUGAGUGGAUGCGAUGGUUAUUAACAAAAGAGAAAAAAAACAAACAAGGCUAUCAAGAUUCCAGAAAUGACGAAGACUCUAGGGGACGCUCCACGGUGUUUGUUCCCACCUAGAGUGAAGCUCUGGGAUGGCGCGAUCCAUCCAGUUCCUUAUAGCAAGAACCAAGCUGAAACGAUCCAGAAGACCGAUCUACAAACAGCGAGGCUGAAACACUCAGCUGAGCCCCUCCAAGCUCAGAAUCAUCGCGACAGUCUUGCGACUGGGGGAGUCAAAAGCUCGGGACGAACCCUCCACCAAAGUUGUCCUUCAUUGCCACCGUGCCCAACCCAACCACCCAUGCACGAAAUGACGAAACGAAAAAAAAACGAGUAAACAAAAUGUAAUCCGAUCCGAGAAU